AAUAAAAUUUUCUCACACAUCUCAUUCGACUUAGAGCUGCAGAAGCGAACGGUAGCAUUUAUUUUACGAAUUUUAUUUUUUUUUUAACGCGAGUCAACUUUUUACACCAUCCCGAGUAUAUUUUCCAUAAAAUUUGUGAUUUUACAAGUUAUACGCAUAGAGCUAGGUAUUUUCUAACGAAAUUCAUAAGAACAACGGCAACAACAUGGCGGAAGCUACAAGUCAAGAGUUUAACAAGAAGACCUUCCUCGAGCAUUACUGGCAAAAGCAGAAGGACCUCUCGCGGCGACAGCGUCAAUACAAGACGAUACUGUCGACGAAGCUAAAUACGCGCCGCGAGACGAUCAUGAUGCAGAGCUACCAAAACACCAUCGAUCAAUUGCAUCUGGAGAAGGAUACGCUGCGCGCACAGAUUUGGGUGGCCAGCGGCGAAACGCAUAACCGCCAGAAUAAUCGUGCGCUCGCGAAUAUACAAUGCCACGUCGCGUGCCAGGAGCACUUGGCCGACGAUAUACGCUAUUACAAGGAGUCCAUAACGAAUUUGCAGCGCGAAAUUAGUCGCGUGAAUAAACAGGUUUACGAAUUGAAUCGACGCACGGUGCCCGACACGCAGCAUCAAACGUAUGUGGCGCGCAUGCGCAAGAAGUUGGACAUUUUGGAGAAUCAGCUGGAGGUGGGCGUGCGUACCGAGUGCGCUUUCGCGGCGAUCAAUAGCAAACUGCGUGAAGAUUUGAUCAUGUUGCUGCAACAUCGCACCAGUUUCAACGACAUCUACACGAAGCUGGUGCAGAAGUUGAAUAGCGAUCGGAAGUACAUUAUCGAUCUGAUCGAAUACGCUUUAGCCACCUUCGAGAGUUGCAUACACGCCUACGAGAAGAUCAACAUAUUGACGAAGAAGGAUUUGAAGGAUCGUGAAAUGAAAAUGGUGGAAAUGCAGGGAAUCAUGCGCAAUCGCGCGGCUGAGGAUGCGAAAUUCGAAUUUCUGGAUUGUAAAGGGCGCGAGCGUAUUAUAGACGACUUGCAGCCGAAAGAGUAUCGCAGACGUGAGAAAUUUCGUCAGCAACAUCGUAAACGUAUCGACUUGUACAAUACAAUAUUGCAGAAAAUAUUGAAUUACACCAACUCGAAGAACGUGGAUGCAGUCAUCAAUAAGUUCCAAGAGCAAGAGAGUCUCUACUAUUCCUACUUCAAUUACGCCAAUGAAAUGAGCUAUCACAUGACAUUACUAAAUAAUUCCGUUAAUCGAUUGUUUAAUGAAAUUUCCGAACUGAAACACACGAAUCACAAUUCACUGGCAAAUCAACUCGAAACCAUUGAAGAGCUUGACAACAGCUUAAAGGAGAAGCAGAAGAAAAACGAAGAGUUGAGCAAUUUGAGCGAUCAGAAUGAUGCGCGUUUGGAGAAACUGCUGCAGGGCAUACAAAUAAUUAAGGAUCAGUCGCGUGCCAAUUGUAAGUCGUUCGAGGCAUUGCUGGGCGAUUUCACCAAAGUCAAUCUCUUCAAUGUGCGUCACUUCUUAAAGGUACUGGAGAAGCGUGUACACUUCGUAACGGUGGCACAAUACAUGCGUGAGCGUCGCGUUAAGAAGCAUUCGAGUGAGUAUGUGGUCAAGGACGUGAUCAAACUCUGCGACUGUCCGACACCGUUGGAUGAGGUUGUGCUCACGCAACAGUGUCCCGAGUGUGGCGAGGCCGAUGCCACCAACGUCGAGGACACCGAGGGUGGCGAGGGCAUACAGAGCUUGAAUACGGUAUUGAAGAAAUUGUAUGAGCGCGUCAAUCAACCGGAGAUGCAAUAUCGCUUGCACAGCAUUAGUCAGUGCCGUUUGCCGCAUUCGCGCAUUCUUGCCGCAAAACGUUAUGCCUGAAUUCUGGUGAAGCCUCUUGCUCCCGUGUGGGGAAUUCAAUUGCAAUCAAUUGUUUUCAAAUUUAAACCAAAUAUGGUGCUAUGUGGAUGGUAUACAAUAUGCUUAGCUGGAUGAUGUGUGAUUUUAAAUUGAUUGUAGUCGAAGGGGUAUGAAUAUGAGCCUCGUAAAUAGGAAAACAUGUUGAUGCCUAAAUAACUUUUUUUUU